AUGGAGGGGGAAGAAUGCCGGGAGCCGCUGCUGCAGGUGGCCGUGCCGCUGCUGCAGGACCUGAUGGAGAAGGGGGAGGAGGACAAGGCCUGCAUCGAGCUGCUCAGCAGCAUCCUGGAGGUGCUGCACCAGGCCCAGAAGAGAGCGGAGGAGCUGGAGGCGCAACCGGGCCCAGGCGAGGAGCAGCACCAGGAGCUGGUGCGGGUGAAGCCGCACGUCCGGCUGGUCCUGGAGCGCCUCCUGCACCCCGUCACCCGCAGGGUCAUCGUCCUGGACCGCCAGAGCUCCCUGCGGUGUCACUAUGUGGCCUGCAUGGCUGCCAUCCUGAGCCAGAUGGACACGGAACAUUACAGAUCUUACAUCAAGGCGUUCCCCUCUCGGGUCGAGCUGAUGGAUUUCCUCAUGGAGACCUUCAUCCUCUUCAAGGACCUCAUUGGCAAGGCAGUGUACCCGUCCGACUGGAUGGUGAUGAGCAUGGUGCAGAACCGGGAGCUCCUGCGCAUCAUCAACCGGUUCGGCUCCACCUUGACAGAGACGUUCCUGAGCGGGGACAGCUUCGAGCUGCAGCUCUGGAACAGUUACUUCCACUUGGCCGUGGCUUUCCUGACCCAGGGCUCGCUGCAGCUCGAGCGCUUCUCCCAGGCCAAGCGCAGCAGCAUCCUGGCCAGGUACGGGGACAUGAGAGCCACCAUCGGAGCGUCCAUCCGGGACAUGUGGUACAGCCUCGGCCCCCGCAGGAUCGAGUUCAUCCCAGGCAUGGUGGGCCCCAUCCUGGAGGUGACGCUGGUGCCGGAGCCGCAGCUGCGCGAGGCCUCCAUCCCCAUCCUCUUUGACAGGAUGCUCUGCGAGCACCAGCUCAGCCGCAGCCUUGCCCGGCUCGAGGACGAGGUCCUGCGGCAGUUGGACACGGGGGUGGAGGGCGGCCGCGGGGACGAGCAGUACAAGGAGCUCUUGGAGAGCGUCCUGCUGAGCUGCUGCCGGGGACACCCCGAGCUGGCCGAGCCCGGCCAGAGCUUCGUGGCGCUGGUGACGGGGCUCCUGGAGCGGCUCCUGGACUACCGGGCCGUGAGGAACGACGAGAACAAGACCUACAGCAUGAGCUGCACCGUUAACCUGCUGAACUUCUACAAGGAGAUCGGCCGCCAGGCCAUGUACAUCAGGUACCUGUACAAGCUGCGGGACCUGCACGUCACCUACGAGAACUACACCGAGGGCGCCUACACGCUGCUGCUGCACGCGCGGCUGCUGGAGUGGUCGGACGAGGCGAGCGCGGCUCCGGUGCAGGGCUCGCAGGGACCCGCGGUACGCACCCAGCGCCAGCUCAAGGAGGCGCUUUACAAGCAGAUCAUUGGGUACUUCGACCAGGGCAAGAUGUGGGAAGAGGCCAUCCUCAUCUGCAAGGAGCUGGCGGAGCAGUACGAGAGCGAGCUCUUUGACUACGAGCUGCUGAGCGACAUCCUGCAGCGCGAAGCCGGCUUCUAUGAGAAGAUCCUGAAGGUGCUGCGGCCCAGCCCGGAUUACUUUGCCGUGGGCUACUACAGGCAGGGCUUCCCCCCGUUCCUGCGGAACAAGGUCUUCAUCUACCGGGGCAAGGAGUACGAGCGCCGGGAGGACUUCGAGCUGCAGCUGCUGAGCCCCUUCCCCAGCGCUGAGAGGCUCAAGAGCACGAGUCCCCCUGGGCAGGACAUCACUGGCUCCCCGGGACAGUACAUCCAGUGCUUCACCGUGCAGCCGGCGGAGGAAGGCAGGGGCCGGUUCAAGGACCGGAGCAUCCCUGAGCAGAUCACCAGCUUCUACAGAGCCAACCACGUCCAGAGGUUCAGCUACUCGCGGCCCUUCAAGAAAGGCCCAGAGGACCCAGACAACGAAUUUGCCAACAUGUGGAUCGAGCGGACGACCUUCCUGACCGCCUAUCCCCUGCCCGGCAUCCUCCGCUGGUUCGCGGUGACCUCCACCACCACGGCCAUCAUCUCCCCCCUGGAAAACGCCAUCGAGACCAUGAUGAAAACCAAUGAGAAGAUCAUGAGCGAGAUCAGCCGGCACCGGCAGGACCCCGGCUUGCCCAUCAACCCGCUCUCCAUGCUGCUCAGCGGCAUCGUGGACCCUGCUGUCAUGGGGGGCCUCGCCAAGUACGAGAUGGCCUUUCUCCAGGAGUCCUACGUGCGGGAGCACCCCGAGGAGCAGGAGAGCAUCGAGAAGCUGAAGGACCUGAUCGCCUGGCAGGUGCCGCUGCUGGCCGAGGGGAUCCGGCUGCACGGGCAGAAGGUGACGGGGGAGCUGCGCCCGUUCCACGAGCGCCUGGAGCAGUGCUUCGGGCAGCUGCGGGCCAAGGUGCAGCGCCAGUACGGGCUGCGGGAGAUGGUGAGUGCUGAGCGCAGCCCCCGCGGAUGGCACCGCACGGGCCCGGUCAGGGCUGGGCCAGCAGGGACCAAGCCGUGGGGCUGGAGCUGCAGCAGGGAGGGGGGCUCUGUGCAUGGGGACAGCACUGCCGUGGGGCUGGAGCUGCACACUGCCGUGGGGCUCUCGGUGCCGGUGGCUCUCGGUGCCGGUGGCUCUCGGGGCCGGUGGCUCUCGGGGCCGGUGGCUCUCGGGGCCGGUGGCUCUCGGUGCCGAUGGCUCUCGGGGCCGGUGGCUCUCGGUGCCGGUGGCUCUCGGUGCCGGUGGCUCUCGGUGCCGGUGGCUCUCGGUGCCGGUGGCUCUCGGGGCCGGUGGCUCUCGGGGCCGGUGGCUCUCGGUGCCGGUGGCUCUCGGGGCCGGUGGCUCUCGGUGCCGGUGGCUCUCGGUGCCGAGCUGAGCUCCGCAGCUCCCCUCUCCCGGCCGGGCUCAGCCCCACCGCGCUGCAGCCCCCCCCUGCCCCGGCAGCCCCAGGCACCCCCACAGGCCCCGGCGGCUCCCCAGUGGAUGAACCCCCCCCCCCCAGGGCCGCCCCCGUCACCCGGCGCCAGCAGAGCCCCGCCGGGGCCGCGCAGGAUCAGCUCCGCCGUGCACGAGACCUUCCUGGAGCUCAGCGACGCCGCCGCAGGGAAGGCGACCCCAGCACCCCCGGCGGACGGAAGCAAAGGCCCGAAGUCGCCGCCGCUGCCGUCCCCCCGGUUCAAGCGCUUCUCGCAGCUCUGAACCCGAGCCCG